AAACCUGCAUUUUCACUGCUUGCCCAGACUGCACGGGGAGGGGUGGACUUAACAAAGCUGCUGGAAAAGUUAGAAAACCGUAGCAACUUGUGUCGAGACUUUGCCGUGCUGGAGGACCACUCCCUGGCCUACAACCUCCAGGAACAAGAAAUUGAGAGUCACUUGGCAUCCAACGUCUAUAAGAACCGUCUGGUGAAGAAUGACUUAAAAGUGGCCAAGAAGCUGCAACAGGAGGAGGAUGAGCGGGCCAAAAUCCAGACCCAGAAACAACAAGUGGACAUUGAGCGACAAGAUAAUGAGAUUGCCCAAGAGAUUCAGGAGGAACUGGUCCGACAGGCAGAACAACAGCGACAGCAAGAAGAGAAAGAUGCGGCCAUCGCUCGUAAGCUGCAGGAGAAGGAGAUGAAAGAGGAGAGGAGGAGACAGAAGCAGCUGGAAACUCGCUUUGAUGAAGAGUACUUUGAGGAUCACGGAGCUGCAAGAAGACCCUUUGACUUGGACAAACACAGUCAUCACAAACCAACUUCACCUGGUCGAUAUGAUGCUCUGGUGAGCUCACGUCGUGAUUACUCUCCAGAUUAUAGCUCAACUGAGCCCAAAAGGACCAGGUACCCAAAACUGGACUCUGCAGCACCCCGCGGUCACUCCAAAUACCCAGAGCAAUUCCUGGUGGCAGAAGGAGGUCGUAGUAGACAUGCAGAUCCUUAUCCUGAGGACCUGUUGCCCUAUAGAGGCAAGCAUGGGGACAGGCAUCCAGAGUAUGAGACCACACAGACUGGCAGAGCCAGGGACCUAGAUGGGGAGGACACAGAGAGAGUGGUGAGGAGGAAGGAGAGACCAGCUAGACCACCUCCAUUACAAAUUCCCAAAGAAAGAGACAAAACAUGGGACAGAGAACAGAACAGGCAGCAUGACAGAGAUGGAGGCAGAGGCCGUGAAUAUGACAAGCACAUGGGAAGAGACCACAGGAGAAACAGAGAUCAGGACCUCGGGUGGGAAAGAGCAGAGGGCAGAGACAGAGAAAGAUACAGAGAUAGAGGAUGGAGUGUGGACAGAGAGAGAGCAAGAGACAGACAUCGAGAUAAAGAGAGACAAAGAGCAAGAGCCCGGAGCAGGGAGAGUGGACUUGAUUUGGACUUUUUGGCGCCAGCACACAGCCGGGACCGGCUGAGGGAGGGCAGGGCUUCCUGGGAGGAGGAGGACAAUGCUUUUGAAAGAAAGAGGAGGGCCGGGGGACGGCAGCGUGCCCACUCCAGCCCCAAAGAUGUGUUUGACAAUCUCAGGGCUGAUGAAGGGAGAGGAGACAACGGGGACUUCUGGGACCUGCAACAGGGGGAGGGCCCUGGCAGGGAACGCAGUCAUAGUCACACCAGCGGAGAGACAGGUCAUGCUGUGCACCGUGGGAGUGGCCCAGUAAUGCCAGAGACUGAGUAUGGACUGGGUGAGGCCACCAAGGGUUUGACAAAGCUUGAUCUGCGUGAGCAAGAGUUGAAGGACCUGGAGGUGGCCAGGAAACUGCAGGAGGAGGAAAUCAAGGCAAGCCAGGUCCAUGUGCGUGCAGCCCAAAUGGCACAAGAUGAGGAAAUCGCUCGACUGCUGAUGGAACAAGAGAAAAAGGAGUACAAGAAGAAUAGAGAACGGGAGAAAGAGAAGGAGCGGGAGAGGGAGAGGUUGGCCAUGGAGAGGAUGGCAAUGGACAGGAGGCGGCCAGAGGGAGACUAUAGGCCAAAUUCGGAGGAUGUCGUCCGGCCCAGAACACGAGAGGAGUAUGAAUUCCAAAAGCAUAAGAACCACAAGCCUGCGAGGCCUCCUCAGCCACGUACGCAUGACUAUGAGAAUGUCAACCCUGGGUAUGUCUACCCAGACCACCAGGCUGCCCCUCGCGCUCCCACCAGACCUGAUCCAGCUUACAAAGGUGCCUAUCACAAGCGGUGACUCAGGCUCUCUUCCAUGUUCAGACAUGCUGUCAGUUCUCCGUCAUCCUCAUUGUCUUUUUAUUUUCACCCAUUCACUCUCUGUUGACCAGAAGCCUACGGACAAUCUCACAAGUUGGCGAUGGGAUUUUAUUUUCAAAUUUUUUUUUUUUUUUUUUUUAAAUUUCAUGUUAAGUUGGCCCAAAGUUGAGGAAGUGGAUAUAUGAGUGCUGGAACCACACUCACCCCCCCCCCCCUUUUUUUAAAUUAUUAUUAUUUGUAAAUUGUGAUUUAUAAUUUCUUUGAACUGACUUGAUAUUAAGCCUAGCCAAAAGAGCAGCCUUGUAACACAAACUCUCACAAUUCUUAGCUGUUGAAAUGAAGGAACUGGCUCCUCACCCGCUGUGGUCAUCGUGUGCUGGUAUUUGUCCCAUCUGUAGACCGUGCCAUCACAAGGGCUUAAAGCCUCUGCUGGAUAUAACCAUACAAUGUCAGAGUUCCUCGUGACUCUUCAUGGGAUAUGCCUGUCUGGUCCAACGUGGCUGCUACAGUGUCUUAGAUAACAUGGCAGCUUCUUUGUUACACCCAUGCUGCAGUUCUGUUCUCUCCUCAUGCUGUGCAAUGAGGCCUCACAGGCCUUAACCAUGUGCCACACGGCCUUUGACUCUGAAGGGAUACAUUUUUGUUGCUGUAAUUAAAAUGGAAAAAAAAAAAAUUAAGCCUUUAUUACGGUGCUGGUAGUUCUGGCUUUGACAUGUUUACCACCUUGUUCCAGUGCAGAAGAGGUGGAGCUUCGCGGUGAUCCAUGGACAUCAGUGGGCUGUAGGUGUUUUUUGCUUGUAAGGGGCUCUUUUUAAAAAACCCCGUCACCCUUAAACUGAAAGUGGUAUGACUGUAUAUGACUUACUGUUUCUAUGUGCAUGCUUACUGAGAGUGUACAGAUAUGUAUGUGCGUUUCAGCUCAAUAUCAAUAUUAACUGGCUCCCUCUUUAUUAUCAGAAAGGGCUAAAGCUGCAAAAAGCCAAUAAUCUUCUCUUUGUGAAUAAACAAAUUAUCUGCUAGCUCAUAUACUUCUGUACAGUAUUUCACUCUUCUGCCAAUAUUUCACAUGAGCUUGUCAUAUCCAACUGGCCCAUAAAAGAACCAGUACCAAAUGAAAUGCAUGUAUGUUGCCUGUCUGUGUCAAACCUGAAUUCAUGCUUGUGCUUACGGCACAGAUGCUGUGUUUAAAUGUGUUUUUUUUCUGUUUUUAAUUUGUGAGACCAAAUCAUGUCCCAUUUUGUGGAAAACAGGUUCUCUUUUUCCCUCCUGAAACUUUGUAUCCUACCAGUUGUCUUUGUUAUGAAAGGGAGCUUUAUAUUUAUUUUUGUACAAUAUUUUUUUUCAUCUUUCCUCACAUUGUUUCCUCAGUUUUCAUUGACCAAGCUUCCCUGCUGUCACUUCCAGUCCUCUUCUUUGUCUUGGACUUCCUGCUUGCAGAAAACCGUUCCACAACACAAAUGCAUCCAGAUGACGUAAAAAAAACAAACACAAAAUCUUUAUCCCUGCUCACAUACACGUUUUUUGUUUUGUUUUUUUUUACUUCUUUGAGCCUGAUAUUCUUUGGUUAUAAUGAAUAUGGAAAAUGAAGAGCACAUUAAUGUUUUCUGCUCAAAUGUUUUUGAAUAUUUAAGUAUAUAAUUCAUUGAAUAUUUGGUGCUGCUGGAACUAGAAAUCUGCUUCCAAAACAACGCCCUGUGCUAUUAGAAUAAACUUUUUUUUUUCUUUUGUUUGUAUUGCAAAGAUGGAAGUAUCAUUGAAUUAUAGUAUGUGCUAUUAGCUGAUGGGAUGUGCCAUGUAUGUUAUUUUUCAGGGACUUAUAAAUGAGAAAAGCUCAAAGUUGUGGCAGAGCUAGCACACCCACAAAUGUGGGUCUCCCUAAUUUAUUCUUUGAUGAGAGCACCACCUAGUGGACAUGCUUGGAGUUGGUGGAGGUACAAAUCAAAAUGACUAUUUGUGGAUGUUGUGCUUCAUUAUUUAGUUUUGUGUGUUGUCUGUUAAUUUUCUUUAAUCUAGGGCUUUAUGCAAUCUACCAAUCAUGUAUCAACAUGUGUUGGACAUUUUAAGUAAAUUUAACAAGUUUCUUUUAAUUGUAGCAUCUCCAAAUGUAAUAAACUGUAUCAGCAUUGACACUCA